CGUCGCAUCACACAUCAUAUCCCAAUCCCAGCGUCCGGAUUCAGAUCCCGUCGGCACUGUUAAUUGGCUGCACCAAGUUGGAUGUUCGUAUGCGAGGCAACUUUCGCCGGCGAUCCCUGGCUGCCCGGACGUGUCGGGGAGUCCUAAUCCUAUUACUUGAGGAACUGUGGAUAAAAAAGGUUAUUGAAAUCUGGCUUGGGUGAUACAAUGGGAAAAGCACGCAAAGUUUCAAAGGGUCACUUUACUGGCUUUGUGCCAAAUUACCGUCAUGCAGUUGAAACAGUGGCAGAAUCUGAAGGUUUUGGAAGUUCUGGCCAUGUGGAUGAAGGGUCUACCACUUCACAGGGAUCGUGUGGUCAUAAUAGGAAAUCUGUUGGCUCAGACAUUGGUGGUUUCGAUAUCUUUAAUUUGCCAUAUAAGCUCCUGCCACUAUCUAAGAUGUCUCAUUUGGAAAGGAGGGAGUUAGAGGUGAAGUUGAAGUAUGAACUCGAACAAGUUAUGAAUCUUCAGAGGAAGGUAGCUUCUUUGGGCUCAGAUGCCAUGAUGAACCCACCAGCUUUUGAUGUUAGUAGUUAUCAACAUGGGCCAAAGAGACAAGUUAUGAUAGAAAGUUUGCCAACGUCUACUAGUGAUGUACCUGCAUUGACAGGGAAGAAAAAACGUCCUCCUGGGAAAAAUGGUCCCCGCACCAAAAGUGGGGCGGCCUCAGUAAGGAAAAGUGAACCAAUUAAGCAGCAGAGUCUUCCCCUCAAUACUGGUUCUUUUGCGUUGAUAAAACAGUGUGAGACAUUGUUGGCACGUCUGAUGGUUCAUCAACAUGCUUGGGUUUUUAACGAGCCAGUUGAUAUUGUGAAACAUAAUAUCCCAGAUUAUUUCAACAUUAUUAAGCAUCCCAUGGAUUUAGGAACAGUUAAAAGGAAGUUACUUUCGAAUCAAUAUUCCAACCCGAUGGAGUUUGCUUCCGAUGUGAGGCUCACAUUCAAGAAUGCAAUGACUUAUAAUCCACCAGGACAUGAUGUCCACUACAUGGCUGAGGUAAUGAGUAAAUACUUUGAAGUGAGAUGGAAACCGAUUGAGAAGAAAUUUCCAUCCCCAGCAGAUGAGUCCACUCCGUCAAAAUCAAGUGUCAUAAUAGAACCUGAAAGUGCAUAUGUGCCUCCUGCCAAGAAGCAAAAGACCAAAGCUGUAGAAAAUAAGGUUAAGAAUGAAAUGGAUAAGCCGGUGAUGAGUGAUGUUGAGAAACAAAAGUUGGGUACAGAGUUGGAGGAAUCAUUGGCAGAAUUGCCUGAUAAUGUAAUCAACUUUCUGAAGGAGUGCACGCUGAACGGUGCUGCAGCAGCUGAUGAAGAGAUUGAAAUUGACAUUGAUUCUCUUAGUGAUGAUACACUCUUCACAUUAAGGAAACUUUUGGAUGAUUUUCUUUUGGAGAAACAAAAAAAGCAGGCAAUGAUUCAGCCCUGCGAAACAGAGAUGCAAAAGGAGUCUGGUUUUAGCAAUUUAUCUGUCCCACCUUGCAAAGACAAUGAGUUAGCUGACGAGGAUGUGGAUAUUGGCGGGAAUGAUCCACCACCCCUAUCUAGUUCUCCUGUGAAAAUUGAUAAGGAUGCUGAUCAAAGGAAAGACUGCCAGUCUAGCUCUACUAGUGAUUCAGGCUCUUCAUCAUCUGAUACAAAUUCUGAAGAUUCUUCUGCCAAUGAAACUGAUCAAGUCAAAAAUUCCGUUCCUCCGUGUUCCUUGAUUGCUACUGGUGAUACUAAAGCAGAUCAGACAGAACAUGUUCUGAACAUUGGAGAGCAAAAUCCUGAGUUGAACUCCUCUAAUGAGGGGGAGAGUGCCCAACCUGAAAGACAAGCCUCCCCUGAUAAGCUAUACCGUGCUGCUUUAUUGCGAAGCCGAUAUGCAGAUAUCAUAAUUAAAGCCCAAGAGAAUUCCAUUGAUAAAGGGGAAAAACUGGAUACUGAGAAACUGAAGCUUGAGAAAGGGGAGCUUGAAAGGAGACGGCGAGAAGAGAAAGCUCGAUUGCAAGCAGAGGCCAAAGUUGCAGAGGAGGCUAGAAAGAGAGCCGAAGCAGAAGCUGCAGCAGAAGCCAAAAGGAAAAGAGAACUUGAAAGAGAAGCUGCACGUCAAGCUUUGCUACAGAUGGAGAAGACUGUAGAUAUCAACGAGAACAGCCAAUUCAUUGAAGAUCUGGAGAUGUUUAAGGGUGCACCGGAUGACCACUUACGGCACUUGAUAGAGGAGACAAGCCCUGAAAUUUCUCAAAAUGGUCUCGGAAGUUUCAAGCUCCGGGGAAGUACCAAUCCAUUGGAGCAACUCGGACUGUUCAUGAAGAAUGAUGAGGAGGAAGAAGAUGAAGUCAAUCUUUCAAGUAUCAACCAAUCUUCAGAUGAUCCCAAAGUAGGAGUUGAUCCAUUCCAAGGGGGUUGAUGAAGUACACAGACACCAGGCGGAAAUAGGUUGGUUCUUUGAAUUCAUUAUUGUUAUUAUUAAUUUUUCACGGGAAAAUUUCAUCUCUACAUAUCGUAGAGGGAAAUAAAAACAGAUGGAUCAAUGAUCAGUAGGCAAUGCCGGAGUAGAUUUAUAUGUAGCGGUGCUCUUGUAAUGGACAUCCCAUCUCAUGUUUAUUGGAGGUGUGUAAUGACCAAUAACUUGAUCUAUAUAGUUUAGAUUCAUUUUACA